UUGACAACAGUAAGUUAUUGGUUUACUUUACCUCUACUAAAUCUGUACCGUCAUCAUUUGUAAUUUGGUUUUGACUUUUGACAUCUCUGUGGAUUCAGAUUUCAGGAUUCAGGAAUUAUUAAAGAUUGGUCCGUUUUCGCCUCUAAUGACGAUUCUGCUCUAAAUGUGAAGAAAUUUGAUUUGUACAAAAUACUAUAUAUCUUGAACCUUCCUUGAUAUUGCAUUGAUUACUAUUAACUUUACAAUAUUUUAGUCAAUGGUGUGCUCAAUUUGUUCUGUUUUUUAUCAUUGGUUGAAAUUAAGAUCGUAAAUUGUUUUAUUUAUUUAAUUGUUAGAUCCAUAAAUAAAUAAAUUAUUUAUACCACACAAUGAAUCAUCGUAAAACAGAUUUUAUUACAAGAUGUCGUUUAUUAAAUUCUCAAGAUAAUACUGAAGAAAUUGUGUGGUCGUGCAGUAGUUCCAGUGACAAUGAGAACAAUGGUGGUAGAAUUAAUAGUAUCCAGAACCGAAAACAUCCUAAGACAAGGAAAAGAAAAGCAAGCAAAAUGAUGUUUAAGAAUGACAUUUCUAAUUUACAUUUAACAAUAUCAGAUACCUCCCAAGAAAGUCGAGGAAAUUAUAACACCUCACCCAUUCUUAAACCAAGACUAUCUAAAUCAAUAUCAAUCUUUAAGAGGAACAACUCACCAGCCUUAUCCUCUGAAAUUAAGGAAUCUACAUCACCAAUUUUACAACCAAUAACUGAUAAUCGGAGUACAAGUCCUGUAUUAGUCUCUAAAUUAAAAGAAAACACUCCAGGUGUAUGUAAAAAGUUAUUUAAUUCAAAUGUUACAAAUCAGUAUAGCGUUAAGAAAAGAUGCAUUUCACCUAUAGUAUGUAAAGGAAGCAGUGAUGGUUCUUUGAUUGGGACUGAAUUUGUUUAUAAAUCAGAUAAUAAUCAAAAUAAAACAGCAUUAGUAGAAAAAAUUAAAUCAUAUUUUCAGAGGAGUUUAAGUACAGAAUCUCUGUCACAAAAUUCAAUCAGUGAAUAUUCUACACCCAAAAAUAGUUCAAAAACCAGUGAUGAGGUAGAAAUAAUAGAUUUUACACAAGGCUUGCCUUUGCCGAUAAAACAAGAAGGUUUCUCACUUACUACACAGUCUGCAGAAAAAAGCAAAAAGGUCAAAUAUAAAAAGGAUGGUUUAGCAUAUCGCUUAGAUAAUUUAUUAAAAAAACAAAAUGCCCAUAUUUCUCUGUGGCAGCAUGAACAAUAUCUGGCUAUUAAUUCAAACUUUAUCAUGCCAAAGGGAGCAUGUUUAGUAUUCCGAAUUAAAAAAGUUCAUUUCAAAUUUGGAUGCUUUUUACUAUUAGCAAUAAGUGACAAGGACGAAGUCUUUAUUAUUUUGAUUAAUAAGUUAUAUGUGAAAGAAAAAAUGGAUAGUAAUGUAAUUUUAAAAAUAUAUGAGCCAUACAAAGUGUUAGAUUUUAAUGAUAAAUGUAAAUUAAUUGUUAAUGUAUGUAAAUAUGUUUGUGAAUCAUUUAUCUUGUGA